GCAGGUUUGCGGACGUGGCGGCGGCGCACGGCACGAAAGGCGGAGACGUUGGUGGUGGUGGUGGUGGCGGCGGCGGCGGCAGCGGCGACGACGGUGGAAGACAGGGCCAGUCAGAGACGGAGGCUCGGCCAUGAACUGGCCCGGGACGGCGGCGGCGGACCUGGUGGCGGUCUCCUCGUUGAGUGCCCCCUGCUAACGGGACAGAUUUGGACAUGGCAGGGAGGCAUCAGAAUCGUAGUUUUCCUCUUCCAGGAAUUCAUUCAAGUGCUCAAGUACAUACAUUUGGAAAUUGUACAGACAGUGAUAUGCUGGAGGAAGAUGCUGAAGUGUAUGAGCUUCGAUCCCGAGGAAAAGAAAAAAUCCGAAGAAGUACAUCAAAAGAUAGACUUGAUGACAUUAUAGUGUUAACAAAAGAUAUACAGGAAGGAGACACUUUAAAUGCAAUAGCCCUUCAAUACUGUUGUACGGUAGCAGAUAUCAAGAGGGUUAACAAUCUCAUCAGUGACCAAGACUUUUUUGCCCUUAGGUCUAUCAAAAUUCCAGUAAAAAAGUUUAGUUCAUUGACUGAAACACUUUAUCCUCCAAAAGGAAGACAGGCUUCACGUCCUUCUACUGUUCAAUACCUUCCAGAACAACAGGAAGUUUUGUCAGCUAAUGACUCUCUUUCUUCCACUGAGUCAGCUGGUAGCUUUCUAAAAGAAGUAGACCGAGACAUCGAACAAAUAGUAAAGUGUACAGACACCAAAAGAGAGAACCUUAAUGAGGUGGUGUCUGCCUUGACAGCACAACAGGUCCGUUUUGAACCUGAUAACAAAAACAUUCAACGGAAGGAUCCUUACUAUGGAGCAGACUGGGGAAUAGGGUGGUGGACAGCUGUAGUGAUAAUGUUGAUAGUAGGCAUAAUCACACCCGUGUUUUAUUUGCUGUAUUAUGAAAUUUUAGCUAAGGUGGAUGUCAGUCACCAUUCAACAGUGGAUUCUUCACAUUUGCAUUCAGGAGUCACGCCCCCAUCACAGCAGAGAGAAAUGGAAAAUGGAAUUGCUCCAACUAAAGGACUGCCCUUUGGUGCACAAGAUGAUCAUAAACUAUAUAGUCAAGAUUCUCAGUUACCUGCUGCUCAACACAAAACGUAGCAGUUGGUUCACAGUUACAGUGUUCCAAUCACAUGUGCAUUUGGAAUGUGGUGAAUCAGUUAGUCAGUAACCACUUCAAAGGCAGAAUUUGGAGAGACUGAAGAUGCUUUGUUUUUCACCUUUUGUUGUUAUUUGGAGCCACUUACUAAUGGGUUGAGUAUAAAAUCCCUACAGUUGCUAGUUGUUGAUAUUGAAAGCAGUGAAUCUGUGUAUCUGUUGUAUCAAUGCUUAAAGCAGAAAUGAAUUGUGUCUAGGAAGUUCUUGAAAAAUGCAUCAUUUUUCUUAGUCAAGACUGGUUAUGUUUAAAUUUUAUUUUUUAAGUAUUUUUGUUUUGAGGUUGUUAAUAAUAAAUUUAAGCAAAUAAUGAUAGCAUCAGAUGUCUGCAACUGAGGAAAAUUUUAAUACUGUGAACCAUCAAGAUGUUCAGUUGCAAGAAAGUCUGAUUCUAAAAUUAUUUGAUAGCACUUAAAAUUCUAUUUUGAAAUUAAAAAAAAAACACAUUUAGUUCAUCCGCUAUGAAAGCAUAAAUAGAACAGAAAUGGGAAAGUUAUCUAUAAUGUCUGUAAUAGAGGGUGAGAUAUAUCAUUAAACCCCCCAAAUAAUGUGUUACUGUUGGGAAGUUGCUGUUUGGUCACUAGAACACUGGAUUAUGUCAGGAUGUAAAGUUUAUCUUUAUUUCUUAAAGAAUGCUGCCACUGCUUCUGUUUUUUAAGUAAUUAUAUUUUCCUCUGAUAUUUGAAAGCACUUUUGUUGUUCUAUAAUGAAAGUGUUACACAUGUAAAGAUUACCAUUAUUUAGGAAAUAUUUCCUUACAUACUGUGAUACGUUGUUGCUGUAUUACAUGUAGUAACAUGCCUUAAUUACAUUUAAUGCCUUAUAUAAUUUUUAGAAUUAAGCAUUGUUUCAGAUAGUCCAAUAGGAUUCAUAACAUAGGCUGUAUAAAAUUAGCCUCCACCUUCACUAUCAAGCACAAGUUGAUGGGACGAAAACAUUUUCACUGUCUGUCUCUGAGGUCUGUUGCAGAAAAGCAGGGGUAGAGAGACUGUUAUCAUUAGCAGUAACAGACAUAUUGCUUUAUUGAUCCCUUAGCCUCUAGAGUUUUUCAAAGAGGAAAUGUUCAACUUAAAUCCUUUUUCCCUGGACUAGAGCAUCACAUUGGGGAGCAGGGGCCAGAGGUGUAUGGUUUGGUCAGAAGGGGUUUAUAGGGCCACAUUUAAAAAUCUACUGUGGAUCAGACAGACUCUGGCUAAAUAAGCAUUUGCAUAUGGAUUCCAUCAUUUAAUUUUUAAAAGUAUGUGUUUUUAAAAUGUUAUCAAAAUAAUUCAUUAGAAGUAAGAUUUGGUGGAGUCUGGCUUGCCUGUUUUGUGUAUAAUAAAGUAUGCACCUUAAGAUACAUAAUAACACCUCAUUUUCUGGGCAUUAUUUCCUAACUUUUAAUGUUUAAGCUUUUCGACCAGUUGUUCUAUAUUUCAGAUUUCAAUCUGGAUACAAAGUGAGGUGAACAAAUA